AAAACAGUAGAUUUGGACAUUUUGGACCCUUGGCAUGCCGUCGUCUUCUUCUACUUCUUCCCUCUCAUCGCAACUCAACUCAAGUCCUCACGAGCUUACUUCUUUGAACUUUCCUAUCCCACGAAGACUUUGUCACAUUGGCAAAGAACAAGUACAAAUUCUCCUUUUCUCCUCCUCUUUAUUGAUCCACUCAUCUAAAAGCCUUUUUGAUUCUUCAACUUUGGUCUGUGCUGCUUCCUAAGAAUCCCUAUUCUUUGAACGUUCUUUUAUGUAAAAUUGGUUAUUGGGUUUUCUCUCAUUUUCGUUUAAAUUGCCUGAGAACGAAAAUCCGCAACUGGGUAUCUCUAUUUCUUGUAAAGUCUCAGCCUUUUUGGAGAUUUAUAGUAGAUUGUGUUGUAGCAGCCAUGGACGAUUCAUCUCCGAGACGUGCCUUCGGUAACUCUGCGACCAUUAGAAUAACUGGCACAAUCAUGAUAGUGGCGAUAAUUGUCUUAUUUGUAGUGUUUGUUUUUGUGCUUUUCCUACAUCUCUACGCCAAGUGGUUUUUGUGGCGCAGAGAAGAACCGCCAGCCCCUCCUACUAAUCGGCGGAGCCGCCGACGUCGCUUUGUCUUUGCUCCUGGCCAAGACCCAGCUCUUGCCGCACGUAAAGGCCUAGACCCGGCCAUUCUAGGGUCCAUCCCGGUGUUGAAGUUUGAUUCCAGUGAUUUCAAAGAUGGAUUGGAAUGUGCAGUUUGCCUGUCUGAACUUGAACAAGGAGAGGAAGUAAGGCUACUCCCUAAAUGCAAUCAUGGGUUCCAUGUUGAUUGCAUUGAUAUGUGGUUCCAGUCCCACUCCACUUGCCCUCUUUGUAGAAACACAGUGGCACUUGAAUGCUCAGACUCUGUCAAUCAUGGUUCUGCAGAAGAUAUUCAGACACCACAGGAGGAUUUGGCAUCUGGGGUUUCCACAGAAUCUCCUAAUUUUCCAACAAACGUGUUGUUUUGGGGUAAUGAUACUCAGGUUAGCAAUGGCGGUGCUAGCUUGGAAGGGACAUCUUCUCAGUCACAACAUUCUUCAUCUUCUUCAUCAUUGGCAGUUAGUGGUAGUCGGCAAGAUCGAAUGCUUGUGAUCGAUAUUCCUGCACAAAUGAGUGAGAACUUGCAGCCCUUAUCCCCAUCAAGGUUUGGGGAAGAAUCUAAGUCUCCCAUGACGACACGGCUGAGGUCAUUGAAGAGGCUUUUGAGCAGGGAGAAAAAGUCUGCUCCCAGCAGCUCUAGUGGUUCUGUUGAUGUCUAAAGAAUUAGGACCAAACAUUUUUCGAAUGUGGAUACAGAUGCUCGAAAAUAUUACAAUAUGCUACGGUGGCCUAUGCUCGCAGAAACUUUCUUGAAGGUAUGUUUAAAGAGUUGGCAGUUCUGUUUUAAGAGUUCUGCUUGGAUCAUUUAUUAUAUUUCUUUGGGAGUGAGUCAGGCAUUUCAAGCCAUUGGGUCUGUGCUGUAUUUGUACAAAGAUGGUCUAUCUGCAGACUUUAAACACAACUAUUUGAGAAAACUAGAUUGUAUGAGGAGAUGUUAAGGUUUCUCUGUUUUGAGAAGGUGAAUCAAUCCCUGAAGUUCCUGUUGAACUUAAAUUGUAUAGCUGCUGUUCCAACUACUGAAAAAAAUUCAUGUUAUUUGUUGUGAAAAUGCUUAAACUUUUUAGACUCGAAUUUA